UUCGCUUGCAGCUAUUAGGCGCUGGAGAGCUUCUCGUGGCGGGUCGUGUGUAGUGUGGGUGUAAUCACAUUGCUGGCUGUCACCUGAUGAGGAUAUGUACGUUUUCGAGUGUUCUUCGCGAAAGAAAUUUGAGAAUUGUGCAUGAAUAGUUGUUGUUUCGCAUUCCCUUCUCGACGGUGAAAGGUUAUCCGCGUGAAUCAACGAUUGUAUCGAUUGCAUCGAGGCCUGUGGGAAACUAAUGUCAUUUUGUUUUUUUUUUGUGCAGAAACCUUUUAAUGUAUGAACGCAUUAAUGUGCGGUGAUAAAUGUUAUCAGUGAAGUGAUUCAAAAUAGACUGAGAAAAAACGCGUGCAAUUAUCCAGCGAGAAUAGGCGAGAAUGAAGAAAAAUUGAUCUAUAUUUCACAAUUGGAUGAGUGUAAAUUUGGUGUUUUCCAUAUAAACGAUUGAAACCCGGCAGAUUGUUGGGCUAUUAUGUUGCUCUGAUGUAGCAGAAUGUUUGUGUAAAUGGUUCUAUUGACCUCAUAAGUGCCGUUUAUAAUAAUGCUCCGAGGAUGAAGUGAAAAAGCGCUGCGCAGUGAUUCAUUUGGUUCUUUUCACACCUAAAAAAAAGUUUUACGAGGCCAACCGUUAGCAUUCAGCCGGACGCCAGACAACGAUGCUGCGUUGUGUGCCCUCACGCAGAGUCAGAGCUUUCUCUCACGACCGGCAGAUGUGAUCCAACAGAUGAAUGAAUGAUCUCCGAAAAUCGCUGCUAAGUAACGGACCCUAUGGAAAGAUAAUUCCUACAAAAUUGAACUUGCAUGAAACUAUUUUCGUUACUUCGGAUGUAAGCCUCGUUUGGAUAACAUAACGGAUAACUGACCGCAAAAUCUCCAAAGUGUGAAUUUUACAGCCCAAAUAAAUGAUUAACAUCUGCAUAACGGGAAAAAGUGGUUGAAGAAUAAAAUGAACAGUGUCAACAGUGAAAUAAAAUUAAAAUUGUGUUUGACAGUGUGUGGGUGAAGUGGAGAAGAAUAAAGCUAUUCCCUGGUUUCUUUUAUUGUCGUAUGUCAUAGAAACUUCGCGAGAUUACUUCGCAGGAAGAAUUGAUGCUGUGUUGAAGACGGGAUUUGACCGAGUGGCUAGAGGGGAAAGUUUUUUGCACCGGUAUCGACGGGUAGUGAAGCGCAAAGUAGGGAGACUCACGAAGGCGCUCUAAUAGGUUGAGGCAUGCUGUAAUUUGCGAGAUUUGCAACAGUAAUGAGGCACCGACAAAUCAUAAUGAGAUUCCACCCUGCUGUCAGCCACCUACGGGUGGCUAACUUAGCCACCGGAGAUGUACUCCAACAAAACGCUGCCUUCGGCUGUUGAGAAGCGUCCGUCCGACAAGCAACAGAGCUUCAUCCAACGGUUCUACAUUUUCAACCAACACAGAUCCACUAGUCCCAGCAAUAACACUACACCACCAUCUUCUCCCGAUAGAUCACCGUCUUUCAAGAAGCUGAAACGAAAACCUCCCGACGGCAACGAAGACGAGCAACAGCACUAUAGCGUUCAACGGUUGAAGCAAUUUUGGAACAACCGGUUGAGUCUGACUGCGGGUAGUGGUGGACAAUCAACCAACGAAGCUACCCUCUCGAGGAAGCUUAAAAGCCUUACGCUAGGACCAUCGAACCCAUCGAGGACCCCAGCGACGCCGGAGUUUCUCCGACGCAACGGUUCAACGCGUGGAUCCGCCUCGCGAAGAAACAUCGUUCGGAAUAGUUUGGUUCCGCUGUAUUCCAGCCAAGCAGAAAAAAAGAAGAAUAGUGAAAGUGAAGUCGCGCACCUCGGCCCGAAACGAACCAGCCUGGUGUUGAGUCCGAUCAAUGACCAGAAGCAAGAGAAACGCACCUGCGUGGAACGAAUCGCCAGCUGCAAUGCAGGUUUCCCUCUGGUGACAACAACCCCCGACGGAGGACGAAUAAGCUGGGCAAAACGGGCCGAGUUACUCGAAAUCAGAUCUUUGGGUGCCCCGGGUGGACCCCAGGAAGCCAAACGAGACCAAUCGAAGAUGCCACUGAAGGGCGAGAGCUACGUGAGUAGCUUCAUCGAUGUGGAUAUUGUGCCGCUGGCGAGGGAGGAGGAAACGGUUGCAUCCCCUCCGAAAACCUCCAAACGAGAUUCGCUGGAAAGCAGGAAGAGCUUGAGUCCAAGUGAGUCACACUCACUCGGGAAGCGCCAUUCUACCAUACCAACGAAGAAGGUGAGCUUCCGGACUACGUCCUCCCCGUACAAUAGGAAGCUUUUGUAUCCGAAUGGUAACAAGGUGACGGCGUUGACGAAUAAAUUCAACAAGUUGAUCCAGCAGGAUGCGGGUAUCCUGGAGGAGGUCCGCAAACGAGGUGGUUACCUGCACAAGGCCGGUGGCCACGUCUACAAAGUUAUCGACGGAGACGGGGGAGGUAGCCUGAGGAAGAAACCCGACCGUGGAGAGGAGAUCGGGGAUGAUGUUUCCGUUGGAAGCAAGGGAUCCUUGCGCAAAACGAGCGUCAAAAAGCGUCCAUCUCUGCGGAAGAACAUGUACCGUAAACCGGACUGGGAACCGAACAGGGAUUCUUCGUGUGUGAAGAAGGCGCUGGAAGUGUUCGAACCGAGUCAGGGUCACCAGCCGGAUGUCAAACGGCUGAAGCCGAAGGUCCCAGGCAAAAGUGAGCAAGUGAUUCAGAAGACCAAGGAACUUAAGUGCAAGAAACCGAUCCAAAUUGAAGCCAAAAGUUGUGAUAAAGAUAACACUAGGGAGAUAGUGUUAGACGAGGUGCCAAAUAGUAUUAGCGAAGUUAGUAUUAGUGACAGUAGGGUUGAAGAGCCAAACAAUACUCCGACUGCUGAAAAGAUUGUAGAAUAUUCCGAGGUGAAGAAAAAGUCAGCUCCCGAUGGAGCUGUCAGACCCGCGUCUCCCGCAGUUGACAAUUCCAUACCGAACAUUGCCAGAGUGACUGAUGAAACGGAUAACAUCAGCUCAAGAUCGAGUGAUGCGAGUCAAAAAACGCCGCCACCAAAACAGAAAAGUACCGUCCAGAAAAUAUACGAGCGAAUCAUGUUCCGCUCGACGAAAAAAAUCAACUUCGGUAGCCCGGAACGAACCGCCAGUGAAUCUCAGCUCAACACUAGCUCUGAAAGUGGUGGGAUCUUCAGCCCGAAUAAUUGGUUAGUGCGAAAAUCGUUUGUUUCUUCCAUUGAAAUCCCAACAAUUCGUGUGGAGAAGUCUGUUGAGUGUGUUCCCACCUAUUCCGAUCGAAAGAUAGUGGAUGCAAUACGAUCACUGGACGAAAAAAUCGACAAUUUGUCCAGAAACUUCAAUGAACUCUCACUGAAUGAUAGCGAGGAGUCCAACGCCAAACCGGUGGUACAACCGAACAAUUCCUUCCUGUUUCGGAGCAUGUCCAAAAUUGGUAGCGAAAGCGAGACUACUGUUAGCCAACUGGACAUUGCCCAAGCUGUCAAUACAGUGGUAAUCAACAAAUCCGUAUCGAUGGAUGAUCACCACUUCCCUUGUCGAACCAAUUUGGAUCGUCUCAGCUUCAAUGAGCAUGUUCCGGUGGUGAUUGUCAGUAAACCGACGAAAGAGAUCGAAAACGACUACGAAUUGGUAUCCAGGAUGGAAUCACCAGAUACUCUGGAUGAUUGCUCCACGAAGAGCAGCACAAUGAGCUUCGACAUUGCGGAACUAACCUCAAAGAUCGAGUCCUUCGUGUACAAAGCGAAGCACUCUGAGAAUAUUUACCAAAGCCUCAAUGCCCCCAACGAAUCUAUCCGUCCCCCCGAGCAGACCGAGAUCGACGCACUGAGCGUCAACAGCUACGAAUCCUUCGAAAACUACGAAUCGAUCGAGCGAUCGAGCAGUUCCUCUCCGAAAGAGGAGGACACAUACGAAAUAUGCAACCCUCCUGAGCCACUGCCACCGCGGAACGAAAGCAAGCAGCACAGCGUUUCUCCCAACGAUCUGGCGAUACCCCAACCGAAACGGAACCUCGCUGGAUCUCCGAAGUUCUUGCCGAAGCACCAACCCAGCUACAACUUGAACUACGAGAGGAUCAAGUAUGACAAAACUCCGCCACGACCACCGAAACCCGAACAAGUUCCACUGCCACCCCGCAAUAACGUGUCUUCCAUGGAACGGAGCCCUCGGGUACCCUCCGUAUCGCCAACUCUGUCCGAGGAACCAAUCUACGAAGAGAACAUUUACGACACCAUCAAGAGCAUGGAUUACGACGAUCCCGCGGGAAGUGCCGAAACGGCGAUAAUCAGCCGCCACAAGGCGUUCCUUCCGCCGGACAGUAUCUCGAUCGUUUCCUCGAACUGCUAUGAAUCGAUCGGAUCUAAACUGGCGGUGGACUACUUGCGGCACCACGGUGGAGCGGUCACGCUGCCUCGGAUGGGAUCGAUUUCGACGCUCGCCUCCGAUCAGAUCACCAACAGUCUGUACGGAUGCCACACGGAAGCCCAGAGCUUAACACCUCCUAGCGAGCGAGGAAGUGACACAAGCCAAAACAGCGCCGAGUGGACGGAUAUCUCGGAUGACGAGGACGACGAGGGGAGCGAUUCGCGGAGGAGUAACUUUAUCAUUGUCCGCAAACGAAACAAAUCCCAUCAGACGCCGGUGUGGUCCCGAAAGGUACGCCACAAGCUGGUAUCCCAACACCAACUGGAAGAGCAGUCACAGUUGGAUCCACUCAACGACGAUUCCGAUCACGUGUAUGAAUCGCUAGAUUCCCAUGGACAACAACACCAACAGCAGCAACAGUCUUCGACUGGAUCUGGCAGAGGCACUUCAAGCCGGAGAGUUCCUCCACCGCCACCGCCUUCGGUGGUCCCGGGAGAACUUUCAUCCCCAAGCACUGCGCGCACCAACCCUAAGGCCGCGGCCGACGAAAACAUUCCCCCCCACGACGAAGAAUUCGACUCGUUCGACAGUGAUAACGAGAGCGACGAGGAUCUGCAUCGGAAGAACGACAGCGGAGUGGACAUCAGCAAUGCCAAGCUGCCCGAUCCGCCGCCCACCAGUGGUCAGGUGUACGCUCUCAUGCAGAAGAUCAAAAGCCUCGGAACGCUGUCCAAAUCGGAGAUCGCCAAAGGCUUACACAAACUUUCCAAGAAAAAAUCGUCGCCAAAGAUCACCGCCAACGGCGAAGGGCGGCACGACACCGGCCCCGCCGGAAGCCCGGACGACUCGCCCAACUACGAAAACACCCCGCUGCCCCGUGUACCCAAGACGAAAUCGAAGUCCUUCAAGUUGCCCCUGCAGCUCGGGGGUGCAAAAGCAUCGGAAGAAUACGAAAACACCGAAUUCCACACCCCCGUCACGCCGAAUUCAUCCUCACCCAACGGGUCGGGACUCGCGUCCAGUCCCGUCUCCGAGCAGGCCGACAAAUCCAUCUUAGCCAGCAUUAGCAACAGCGACUCGAGCAAUGUUUCAACGAUCCGCAAAAAGUCGAAAAGCGGUAAAUCGCUUCGCUCAAAACUGCGCAAAAGCCUUCAGUCCGAUUCCAGUCUCAAUAUUGGCGCUUCAUUCAACGGGUCGCGUAGUACCUUCUAUGUGGUGGACACCCUCGAUGUGGACUCGGGUAUCUUCAACGGAAGCGAGCCGAACACUUCCACUUCCAACCUGAACGUCGCAUCGGUGGAAAAAGAAACGUCCGUGGACGCGACACUGAAGACGGCCCAGCAAGACACCACACCAGAAGCCGAUCGCCGGAAGUCUGCCCUUGGUAGUCCUGCCUGUAGACCCACCAACCCUCCUCCACCACCACCGGCAGGGGGAGGCGCUGCUAGCGGGGACAAAAAAUAUCUGAAAGGUCGCAAACUUGGAGCAACUUCGUGGUACGCGGAGUGUGGCGUCUUCAAGUCCGAAAGUCUCAAACAAGCCUCGCUCGAGAAUGAACUGAAAAGCAAGGAGCGCAGCACGACGUCGUGGUACGCCGAGGUGGGUCUGUACCAGACGAGUGGUGUCUCGGUAGCGAGCUCCAGUGAAAGCUCGGGCGUUUCUACCGGUGGAGAGGGUGGUCCAGGUGACGACCAUUCGCACAGCAUGUUUGUGAAUGAGCCGCUGUAUCAGAUUUACAACGCCGCCAAGUUGGAGUCGCUGACGCGGGAUAUCGACGCGGAAAUAACUGGUGGCGAUACCGAACUGUACGACGAUGGGUACGAGAAGAUCUCCGGUCAGAACAAGAGCUGCGAUGGUGGCAGCCUGGUGGAUGAGGAAAUCGGUAGGAAGUUACGACCGACUGCGUUCGAACUGAUCGAACCCAAUCUGGGGAAGUUGCGGACGCUUUGGUGCGAGAUUCCGGAGGUGAUCCAUUCGGAGAUUUCGCUAACCCUCACCUCAACCGAGAAGCGUCUCCAGGAAGCCAAGUUUGAGAUACUCACCUCGGAAGCGUCCUACCUCAAAUCGCUGAACCUGCUCCGGUCGCACUUCAUCAACCACCCCGCCUUCCGGGACGUGAAGGUUCUCACCUCAUCCGAACGGAAGACGCUCUUCUCGAACAUAAUCCCCGUGCAGGAAUGCUCCGAUCGGUUGCUGUGUGAUCUCGAAAACUGCUGGCAGGACAAUAUCAUGCUGCUGGGUCUAAGCCAUAGCAUCUGCAAGCACGCCGAGCGGCACUUCCACGUGUACGUCAAGUACUGUGAGCACCAGGCGAAAAUCGAUCGGAUGCUGAAGAAUUUGAAAGCUACCCGGAGUGAGUUCAGCAAAACCCUGGCGGAGCUGGAAUCAGAUCCGGUUUGCUGUGGGCUGAGUCUUUUCUCCUUCCUAAUGCUGCCAAUGCAGCGAAUAACCCGAAUGAGACUGCUACUGGAUGCCGUCCUGCAGCGACUGAAACCCAACGACGAUGAGUUCGAAAGUUGGGAGCGCACUUUCGUGCUGAUCAACCGCAUCCUCACCCAGUGCAAUGAUGCCGCCCAUCGGAGCGAGCAGAUGUACGAGAUGGAAACGAUUUCACGUCAAAUAGAAUUUCCCACCCACAUUCGGCCACUUGCCAUCGUCCCGUGUGGAAUCGGUCCGCCGGGGAGCGUAAUGCGGAAGCUGGAAAAACGUAGCGAGAUGGCACACAUCCUCUGGAGGGGGGACGAUGCCAAGCUAACGUUCGGGAAAAAGUUCACCAAAAGUAAUGUUUAUGCGUUCCUUUUUACCGACCUAUUGGUACUAACCAAGAAAAAGAGCGACGAUACUUACCUCGUCACCGAUUACUGCCCACGUGCACUCCUGACGGUCAGCUCUGGCGAUAUCGUUCCUCAGCUACCAGUCAAAGAGAUGCAAGCGAUUGGCAAAAACCUCAUCAUUAUGACCCUGUUGGAGAAUCAUGAGGGAAAGACGGUGGAAAUGAUUCUGAGCUGUCCAUCGGAAACGGAACGCGAGCGUUGGCUGAAGGCCACCGAGCCGCUAUCGUCGGAGAAUCCGGACGAGAAAAUCUACGAACAGUGGGACUGCCCACAGGUGAUCGCGGUCCAUCCCUACCAUGCGCUGCAGCCCGACGAACUGGGACUGGAUAUAAAGGAUGUUGUGAAUGUUCAUCGCAAGAUGGCUGACGGAUGGUACGAGGGUGAAAGAAUUCGCGACGGUGCAGUCGGUUGGUUCCCGAGCAAUUACACCAAGGAGAUCUUCUCGGCGCACGUUCGGGCGAAACACAUCAAGCAGCGCCACAUGCUGCUGUCCUACACGUCCAAAUACAUCGAUACGACGACUCGGACGUUGCAGCAUUCGAAGAAAUAGAUGAAUCAGUGAUUGUUUAUUUUCCUGCGCGUAUAUACAUAUACAGAAAAAUCGAACAACAAACAGCCAACAGUUUGUUAGUGUGUUAAGGCAUAUGAGACACGUUGCAAUUAUUAGUUUUGUAAUCUUGUAAUAAUUAUCUAGAUUUGCGAUGUAAAUAGAGAGAUUGUAAACAGUUCGGUCAAUGUCCGCACAGCGGUACACAGUGUGAGUUAUGAGCAAAGAGAUAGUUGCUAUUCAAAGUACAGAUCAUACAUAUGUUAGGAAUGUGGCAAAUGUUACUCUAGAGAAAAUCCUUAUGAGGAAGUGAUGUACAGUAGAACUCCGAUUAUCCGCGAA